CACUGUAAAUUUACAGGUGCUCUUUCACCUGACUGGUAGUUUAUUUAAUUAUUUUUUAGUUUUAUAGCAUGUCUGAGGACUUAAUUGUUUAAUAUCUCAUAGAGCAUAUAAACAAGUGCUUCUUUGAGGAUUUCCGGUAUGGAGUUUGGACCCCCAAAGAUGUGCACCCACUUAUGUUAGGCUGACGUGAGGUGAUAUGCUACAUAUUGUUUCGGGUUAAGUGGUGUACACGCAAUCAACCAGGACGGACAAUUGUGGUGUAUGAGAGAUACCGCUUACUUGUCAACAAAACAACCCUUUUUAACUUUGGAAUAAUGUAAAUAUGAGAGACAAAAAAGAUAAUAAAGGAAUUGCCAGUCCUCAAAAUCAAAACGCCACUUAUGCGAAUGUAGCGUACGGAUCGUCACCGGAUGUGAACCUUGCUCCAGCGGGGACAACAAAUGUGUACGAGAGUUUAAGAAUUUCUCAGCCAAUCGAGAGAGGAACUACACCUCCCAAAGAGAUAACUCAGCCAAAAAAGUAUCAGAUCAACAGGCGGUUGCUCAUUGCAUUGGUGAUAGUAGGAAUAGUAUGUGCCGCACUGGUUGCUAUUGUUGCUUGGUCACUUGCCUUUAACCCUAAGGGAAUAGGCCAAGAACAGGACCUGAAUAAUGAGAGUUUGGUUUCAUCAAGGAAUGGUUCAAAUUUGACCGACCAUUGCCUAAGCAAACCUUGCAGAAAUGGCGGCACGUGCGAGAACUCAGUGGCCUCGUUCCGAUGUUUUUGUUCCCUGGAUUACCAAGGCACAUAUUGUGAAAACAGGGUGGACCAUUGUCUUAGCUCACCCUGCAAAAAUGGUGCCUUGUGUGUAAAUUUGGCAACUACGUUUCGUUGCUCUUGUACUUCCGGUUUUCAAGGCGAAACAUGCGAAUACGAUAUAAAUGAAUGUUUUAACAACCCAUGUGCCAUUGGUGCCACCUGUCAAAACAGCUAUGGUGGAUUUCACUGCAGUUGUCCUCGUGGUUUUACCGGAACGUACUGCCAGCUAGGAAUCAAUGAAUGUUCCAGCCGGCCUUGUCAGAAUGGUGGAACGUGUGUUGACAUGGUGAAUUCUUAUCGUUGUUUGUGUUCUGCCGGGUACCAAGGGACAAAUUGCCAAGUUAGAGACUAUUGUCACAACCAGCCCUGUCAAAAUGGCGCCACAUGUAGGAAUCAAACUUCUACGUAUAUUUGCAGCUGCCAUUCUGGGUAUACCGGCAGAAAUUGUGAAUCAGGUAUCGAUGAAUGUUCCAGUCAUCCUUGUCAGAAUAAUGGAACGUGUGUUGACAUGGUGAACUCUUAUCGAUGUUUUUGUUCUGUCGGGUACUACGGGACACAUUGCCAAGUUAGAGACCAAUGUCACAGCCAGCCCUGCCAAAAUGGCGCCACGUGCAUCAGUCAAAGUUCCUCGUAUUCUUGCAACUGCCGUUCUGGAUACACCGGCCGGAAUUGUGAAUCAGCUUUGCUGUACGGAUCCCUGUACCGUCUUGUUGGAACAAUUACCAUUGGAAACUACAGUGGCAGAGUUGAAGUGUAUCAUAAUGGAAGUUGGGGAACAGUUUGCGAUGACAGCUGGGAUAACACAGAUGCCCAAGUUUUCUGCAGGUCUUUAAAUCUUCCAUAUUCCAGAGCACUUGGCAAACAAAGUGCGUAUUUUGGGUCAGGUAGUGGAAAAAUAUGGUUGGACGAUGUCCACUGCACAGGAUCCGAAUCCAACAUUGCAUCAUGUUCUCACAACGGUUGGGGGAUUCAUAAUUGCGGGCACAGUGAAGAUGCUGGAGUUAUUUGCUAUUGAAAAUGCAUCUCAUAACAAACUGUUUAAAAUGUGUCACCUCUUUUAGCUGACUGAGCCAAAUGCAGAGAGUGAGAGACAAAAGUUUGACACCAUAUUGCUGUCAGAUGAAUAACAAUGAUUUUUCAUUUUGUGUUUUGAUGAUAUUUGGUUAUGAAAACUUUCUGUCAGAUUUAAAUUUCAGUACUGUAACUUUGCAUUAAGUGUUAUGUCAGAAUUAAUAUUUUGUCAGAUUUUCUGGAUCACGAGUCGGGACAAAAUUUUCUGUUAUUGGGAUAUUAAAAUUUAAAUGUUUACCAUAGUUAAGGAAUGCAUGUUCCCUUUCAUCCAGUGGAGUGAUUUCACAUAAGAUAUCAUGCCAUUGUUUUUUUUGUUUUUUUUUUUUCGAAAAUCUCAUUUCUCGUUUACAGUUCAGUGUCGGGUUCUCUCAUCUCCCUCAGAUGACCCCCUUUACUCGUCUUCGAAGCCAUCCAAGCUCCAGCAGAUGCCUAGUUGUCUGGCUAGUCUCGUGACCAGUCUAUCGAUUCUAAGCUCCUUCUUUCUUUAAGGAGUCUCACUCGGGCUCCUCCAAAUCCAUUUUAGCUACCCUGUUAUUGCUUGGGAUGAGAUAAAAUAAGUUAAACCCAAAGCUUGUCGACUGGUUAUUAGUCUUAAAGUUUUAAACCGCACUUAAAUAGUUUUUAUGUUUAUAAUGUCAUAAAUUUCCUAUUAUUAUUGUCGUAGUUAAUUUAUUUCGAUUUAAAGUAAGCUAGUUACUAAAACUAUGGCAUAAUACAUGUAUUUUUUUCAAGUUUUGAAAAUUUAUAUUGUAAAUAACUUUAAAGUGAAUUGAAAUGUAUAUAAUGGGGUAUUAUCUAUAAAAUAUAAUUAUAUAAUUAUGUAUUAUUAUUAUUAUCAUUGCU